AUGAUCAACGCUUUUCUGGUUUUCAACGGUCAAGGCCAGCCACGGCUAACCAAGUUCUACACUCAGCUGGACACCCAAAUUAAGCAACGUUUGAUAUCUGAAAUCUUCACCUUGGUCUCCAACCGCCCUCCAGGCUCAUGCAACUUCCUUCCUCUCCCCCCGCUCCUGGCUCCUCCUGCCAACGCCGACCCGCAACAACAUAACGACGUUCCCUCGCUUGUUACUUACCGCCACUACGCAACCCUGUACUUCAUCGUCAUCUCGACAUCGACGGAGUCUCCAUUGGCUUUGAUCGAUCUAAUCCAGGUGUAUGUCGAGGCGCUGGAUCGCCUGUUCGAGAAUGUUUGCGAACUAGACCUUAUCUUUAAUUUUGAAACCUUACAUGCGACUUUGGGCGAGAUGAUCGUCGGCGGUGUGGUCGUGGAGACCAACCUGGACAGGAUCGUUGCUGGUGUGAAAGCACAGGGAACCGUCGCCAAAAGACCCGUUAACGAAGGGAGAGGUAGCGGGGGGGCCGGUGGAUUUGCAAGCGCUGUUGGCGCGGGGCUGGGAAUGGGAGGAAUGGUUUGGCAUGGAAGAUGA